AUGGAUUCAGAUAAUGCGAAGAGGGGGAGUUCUUUGGUGAACAAACCCAUUGACAUUAUAUUCAAUAGGCUACCACACGCUAUAUUAGGACAACAACGAUUCCGAAGAUACAUAACGGACCCGAUCUACCAAUAUCUUGGCAAACUAUUACUGUUUAGAAAAGCUACUUGGCCCAGCAGCCUGGAACAUCUCCAAAAAAACGAGAUAGGAGGUUUUUUUUUUCGAAACAGUUAUGCAGACUCUGCAACAACUUUCAGAAUACUCACCUAUUUGGAUAGGCAACGAUACCCACUACCCAUCGGUGCCGCUGAAAAGAAUUUGCCUUCUUUAUUCGAAGGAUUUGAAGCCACCAUUUCCAUUGUCCAACAGGGACUACUUUUGGAUGAUACAGAAAAAAAUAUAGGUAACAGUGAGAAGAAAUAUAUUCUGCCACGAGAUAUCAAUAAUGAUUUUGUGAAUAAAACAUAUUCUAGCAAUGACUUAACACGGCUACUCCAGGAUGUGAAAAUUAAUAUGGAAAAUCUCUCCAUUAGGAAAAAAUUAGAAAUGGACGAGUUAGUCAGAUUAGAUUCCAUGAUCAAUGAGCUGAGAUCCAGAAAAUUAAGGAUCCUUGAAAAGGUUAAAUAUAUCGAUAGUAAGUUCACCAAUUUUGAGAGUGAUAUAACAUUAAUAAAAGACAGAAUAAAUUUCAUCAAGGAAUAUAGUUUGGAAGCUGAUUACGAAGAGAAUGUACAAAGGAAAUCGGAAGAAGAAUCAUUAUCGAAAACCUCACUCUCUGCACCAAAUGAAGGACUCCUAUCGUCGCUACACGAUGAUGAUGAAAAUGACGAUAAAAGAUUGAAAAGUUUCAACAAGAGGCCCCAUAAGGAAAACCAACUCAAAAACAAGAGAGUGAAUAUCACCACAGACACCCAUAGCCGAAAUUCUGUGGCUUUCAGGAUGACAAUACCCCAUGGUGAACAUGGAAAUAGCAUAACCGCAUUAGAUUUUGAUAUUCCCUGGGGGACCCUGUGCUCAUCAAGUUACCAGGAUCGUAUAGUAAAAGUCUGGGAUUUAAAGAGUGGGGGGCAAGUUGGAGAGCUGCCUGGCCAUUUAGCGACAGUUAACUGUAUGCAGUUGGAUGCGGCAAACCACAAUAUGUUGAUUACGGGAAGUAAAGAUGCCACUUUGAAACUGUGGGACUUGAACCUAAGUAAAGAGCUUUAUUUGGAUCAUACUCCCUUGAAACAAAACAUGGAACAGAAUCCCACGCCAUGUAUUCAUAACUUUGAAAUACACGAUGACGAAAUUACAGCUCUUUCUUUUGAUUCAGAAGCUUUAAUCAGCGGAUCCAAGGACAAAAAAAUUCUCCACUGGGACAUGGCCACAGGCAAAUGUAUUCAACAACUAGAUUUAAUUUUUGCACCUACACAUAACGACAGUAGAAUAUCUGCACCUUCUUCAAACUACAGUACACGUUUACUUGAUACAGAUGCACCGAUGAUAGGGGCACUCCAAUGUUACAAAUCUGCAUUAGCAACAGGGACAAAGGACGGCAUUGUGAGAUUAUGGGAUUUGAGAGUUGGAAAACCGGUAAGGUUACUACGAGGGCAUACCGAUGGAAUUACAAGUUUGAAGUUUGAUUCUGAGAAACUAGUCACAGGCUCUAUGGACAAUAGUGUAAGAAUUUGGGAUCUAAGGACAAGCUCAGUUGUCGAUGUCAUCGCGUAUGAUUUACCCGUAACCUCCUUAGAUUUCGACGACAAGCUAAUUGCUGUGGGUGCAAACGAGAGAGGAGUCAAUGUCUUCAACAUGGAACUCGAUGAACACUGGAUGACUCCUGAACCGCCACAAUCACUAAACGGGGACGAGCGGAGUAGAAGAAUUGCUAUUGUUAAAUAUAAAGACGGAUUCCUCACCAACGGGCACAAUAACGGAGACAUCAACGUAUGGACAAUUUAA